AUGUUGCAUCGCAGGUCGGUGCAGUGCAGUGACCCAGGAAUCUCCGCCGUUCCCAUAAACGUCCCCGCUGAUACGGUCAAACUGCGUCUAGAGAAGACCCCGAUCUCCAGGGUUCCCCGGGCAGCCUUCUACAACCUGUCGGAGCUACGUUUCCUGUGGCUGACCUACAACUCCAUCACAACCAUCCACCCCAGCAGCUUUGUCAACCUGAAGGCCCUGCGCGAGCUGCGCCUGGACGGAAACCUCCUGACAUCCUUCCCCUGGGAGGGGCUUAGGGACAUGCCCCGCCUCCAGACGCUGGGUCUCCAUAACAACCGUCUGUCCAGCCUUCCUGCCCAUGCUGCUCUCUUUCUACCCAACAUCACCUACCUCGACCUGUCCAGCAACAGGCUGACUAUAUUACCUGUUGAGCUGCUGGACCUUUGGUUUCCUCUACCAGGACAACAGGAAGCAUCAGUACAAAGAAUAAUUUUGGGUCUCCAUGACAACCCCUGGUUGUGUGACUGCCAGAUCUCCAUGGUGAUGUCUUUGUCUAUGUCCCUGGGGAGUCCUGUCGUUCUCAUGGACCAGCUGCUGAUAUGCCGCAGGUCUCCGGGUCAGUCGGGUAUGCUGCUGACCCAGACCGAGCUGUCCCGCUGUAUGAGGCCUUCAGUUCAGCCUGCGGCCACCAGAGUCAUCUCUCCACUGGGCAGCAACGUCAUCCUCCGAUGUGACGCCACCGGCUACCCAACACCAACCCUGACCUGGAUCAAAACCUUGGCCUACACUGAUUGUUGCAAACAAGACAUCCUCGAGAACUCUGACCAGCUACCCAGGAAUUUGGAGACUUUUAUGCAGCAAUCUCCUCGAGUGGGCGUUCGCUGGUCGAUAAUCAUCCUGAACGGGUUAUCAUACGAGGAUGCUGGCGAAUAUCGCUGCCAGGCACGGAACAUGGCAGGGAUAUCCGAAGCCCCCAUCAAACUGAGGGUGGUGGGAAUCUCGAGACUAUCCCGUCUUCCAAAAAAGAAGACCCAAAAGACUCCACCCAAAUUAUCAAAAUACAAGGCGCCGAACCAGACUCCUAUCAACGCCCCCUCAGUGAAGGACAAUCAGAUCCGCCAAAACAUUACCCCGAAUUGACAAAUACAUUAAAAGGCGCAAAAUGAGCCUAACAGAUGCGAAGACCCCGACAUCUGUCAAGUCUUCACUUGAGCCCCCGGACAACUCUACAACUGCUCUAUUGACAGAGAAACCUGUAUGAGAUGAAGUUGGCAUGGAUCCAUCAUGUGGUUGACGCCAACAAUGUACAGAAAAUAAAGCUUCAUCGUUUGUGAACCUCCAAACGGGUGCAGCCUACUUCUUCUCUGACCUGCAGCAUCAGACAAACAGGGAAUGACAUUGUUU